AUGCCUCGGGUUCGAUCCCUGUCAUCCCUACCAACCGUAUCCCCUCCGAUAUUCAAGAGGCGAAAGACUGGGGAUGGCACCGCUUCAGGCAGCUGCCACGUGACAAGGUGCCAAUCUCCACCCCCUCCUGUUCAGAUCAACGACGACAUCACACCACACCCUGCUGAACACAAAGAGGAGAUGCCAACUCCCAGGAACGCCAAACGCCAGAAAGGAAGUGAAGAAGCCCAACAGGAGGAAAUUCUCGCUGAUCAAAGUUCUCAAGGAAGAUCAUGCUGGAAACAUCGUGGACUUCCGAAUAGCAACUAA